AUGGAGAACUACAUCAAUACACCGCACGCGACCGAUGCCUCCCACGUUAGCGACCGCUUCGACCGUCUGGGCGAUAUGUCGCCGGAGAAGUCCUUCCACGUCCCCAAUGGGAAUCACGACUUGCUCAGCCAGAUGAAGAACAUCAAGAACCAAGGUGCCAGUCUCAAGACCCCGCGGCUUGGUCUGCGGGAUCCUCUGCGCCUGGUGCCAAACGGCAAUCCAGCUCGAGCUGAAUUCACACCACUCAUGCAGAGUGCUACCAAGAAGAAUAUGGCUCGCCGCCUUUCUAGCAGGAAGCCUAGUGCCACGCCUUCGUAUCUCAGAGACGGUCGGACCCCGGGAGCGAGACUCAGUGACCUCUCGCAUCUUGCCAGUGAACACACCACAAGCUCAGCAGGAAACGCACUGGACAACACCCCCAUGCCUCAACAAAUUAGCAGCAGUGCUCAUAGUACGCCACUCGCUCAACUUCCCGGACGCGAUGCGGCUGGGCUUGUUAAUGACGGGAACAUGAUGACAUUGCGAGAGCAGGAAAGCAUUAUCGACAAGAUCGAAAAGGAAAACUUCGGCUUGAAGAUGAAGAUACACUUCCUGGAAGAGGCACUGUCCAAGCGAGGGACUGAAUUCAACCACGCUGCGCUCAGAGAAAACACAGACUUGAAGGUCAACAAGAUCACAAUGCAGAGGGAGUUACACAAGUUCAAGAAACAUAUUGCUCAAGCUGAAAAAGACGCGGAAGUCUACCGAUUACAACUUGAAGAAUUCAAAGAACGAAUCAGACGGAAGCAGGUGGACGAAAGCAUUCGAAUCGAGUUGGAAAGUCUACGCGCCGACGUUAAAGCGAAAGACAAACAGAUCCAACAGUUGGAAAGCCAGAAAGAUCGUGCCGAAGACCAAGAGCAAUCGACCAUCAAGAAGCUAAGGGAUGAGAUAGAGGAUCUGCAGGCCGACCUUCGAGAGAAGGACCGAGCAAUAGAUGAUCGGGAGGACCAAAUUGAUGCUUUCAAAGCAAAGGCCAGCAAGGAGUCCACUGCUGCUGCUGAGGUUGAAGAAGAGCUGGAAUCGGCCAGGGAAGAAAUUGAAGAGCUCAAGCAGAGCUUGGAGCGUGUAAAGUCCGAGGCGCAAGAUGCAAAGGAGGCCCAGGAAGAUGCAUUGGACGGAAAGCGCAAGGCCGAGAAAGAUUUGGACGAGCUUCGGGAUGAGAUGGCUAACAAGUCUUACACGACCAAAGGGUUAAGCAGACAGCUGGAGGGUAAGGCGAACAAGCUCGAGGACGAUCUCCAAGAACUGCAGGAGCGACAUGGUUUGCUCAAGGCCGAACUUUCCCAGAAAUCGGAAUCAGAGCGGCACCUGCGAGAAAGGGUACGGGACCUCGAACGAGAAGGGGCGUCCGACCACCGCAAAUGGCAACAAGACCUCGAGCUAUCACAGCAGCAACGCGACACCUUUGAACGAAAACUGAUGAACAUGACGAAACAGCUCGAGACUGUCCAACGGGAACUGCAAAUCAAGAGCGACGAGAAGGAUCUUCUUCAGACCCGCCAUGAUGCUCUGACCAAAGAGUCUGCCGACUUGCAGAAAGGUCUCGCCCAGUCCCGGAAAGCUAUUCAAGAGCUCGAGAACGCUCUUGAUGUUGAAAAACAGCGCGCUGCACAGAACGAUGGUGCCCUUCGGUCACAGCACAAGCAAGAACUCGACCACCUGAACGAACAAAUCGACCAACUGCACCGUGAGGUGAAUUCAAAGGGACGCGACCACGCCGCCGACCUUGAAGAAUGGGAGUCGCAGAAACGAACACUGGAAGCCGCCUCUCAGAGAGCCGAGGAGAGAGCCAGCGGUCUCCAACGCACCGUGGACAAGCUUCAAGAGUCGCAGGGAACGAUGAAUGGAAGGGAAAUGAAACUGCAAGCUGCUCUUGAAAGCGAGAAGCAACGUCAUCAGCAAGAGGAGAAGGUCCUGUCCAGGCAGAUUGAGGAACUUCAGCAAGACCUUGCAAACAAGCGGACCGCAUCUGACGAGAGCCGACUAGAGCUGAAAAAUGCUAGGGAGGAACUGCGCAUUUCGAUCCGUGAACAAGCUGCCCUCAAAGAAAAGGUGGCCGAGCUGGAAGAGGAGAUCGAAGUGCUGCAAGCAGAUAUCGAGCAGGAACACGAGUUCGCCGAGAAGCAGCAACAAAAGUAUUCCAGCAAUGCCGAUGCCCAGAUACAGAAGAUGCGGCAAGAGAAGCUGUCGCUGCAAGAAGAGCUUUCGAGUCUCCGCAGCGAACUGCAGAACGCGCACAUUGCUAUGGAAAUGCAUGAAAAGGAGCGCGACGAAUUGGAAGCGAGAGUUCAGGAGGCGCAACAGAAGUCCAAUGAUGACACAUUUAAUGUCGACCAGGAGAAGCGAGAGCUGAAGCGCCUGAAAGUCAAGCUCGAGAAAGACAUUGCAAGACUAACCUCAGAACGUGACAGCCUGCAAGAGGCUAAUCAGAACCUUGAGGAUGAGAUCAACGCCGAGCUUGAGCGUGCCAGCAGCGAAGAAAACCGGCUCCAUACAGAAAUCGACUCGCUUCGGAAUCAAAAGGUCUCUAACUCCGAGACCAGGGACAGGGAUCUGCUCGCUGCUAAGAAUAAGGUCUCCCGUCUAGAGGCACGUAUUGCAGAACUGGAGGGCUUGCUGGACAACCAAUCCAAGGUGGUGACCUCGCCUGGUGCAGACAUCUCUGGCCUUAAGCAUGAUUUAUCUGAAGCGCGGGAAAAGGAAACGGCGGCAGCAAAACGAGAAACAGAUUUGAAGGCAGCCAAUCGAGAUCUGAAGAUGAGAGUCAACGACCUCGAGCGCGACCUGCACGAGGCUAGACUUGCACAAUACAAAUCGAAGUCACCUUCUGUCUCGCCACCGCCAUCUCAUUCGAAGGAAUUGGUCAAGCUCAGGCAGGACCUCGUUGACGCGCAAGCAGAAGUCAAGGUGCUCAGCUCGGAGAAUCGGGAUAUGAGGCGUUCCACUCGUCGAACUUCCGCAGGCGAGGAGGAGUUAGCGACAUUGCAGGCACAGCUGAGGUCGCGAACUGCUGAAAUUGGAUCCUUGAGCACCAAGAUAGCAGAGCAAAGCGACCUGGUGGAGGAUCUACAAGAGCAACUGAACCGCCUUCAUGACGGCAAGGAUGAAAGGCAACGUGCCUCAUCAGAACUCCGCAAGCGGGAUAAGCAGAUCAGCGACCUGAAAGCGCACAUCAAGCGCUUGCAGGGGGAGCAGAAAGAUGUCAACGAUCUCUCCAUGCGCCUCUCGACUCGUGACAGUGAAGCCUACGAAAUGAAGCAACAUCUCCGCCGCCUCCGAGAGGAGCGCAGUGUGGCCAACAAAAAGGCGGAAAUGGUUGAGAACGAGCUUGAGGUCUUGCAAAGCAAGUACGAAGACAUGCUCGAACAGCUCACCUCGGGCAAGUCAAGUAAAGACGAGGUUCGCGCCAAGGAGAUGAAGGGUCUCAUCAAGGAGAUUAUCUGGUUAAAAGCCAAGUGUCGUCGGGAAGAGCGAUUGAGAAAAGAUUUGGCAUGGAGCAAAGCCCUGGUAGAGCAGAAUGAGGCAAUGAGGGUUGAAUGCAAUCAGGUCGAUCUUCGCAUUCUCGGGGAGAUGGGCGUGUCUCUUGAUAAGCGGAAGUACGAGGUGAAGCUCAAGCCAGUGCAGAAAUUCCGUGCUGGAGUGUUUAUGGUCAUUGCCGCCAUUCGCAUGAGCAAUAUGGAAGAGCAAUGGCGAGAAGCGAGAUUGCUAGGAGAAGAGUUGAAGCUGCUGAGGACGAGGCAAGCGAAGCCUCGAACCAGACUUCGUGCUUUGGUGGUCUGA